UGCGAAGAGAGAGUGAGUGACGCAGUCAAUAUAGAGAGAGAGAGAGAGAGAGAGAGAGGAAUCCUCACACAGCAGCGCAGCGCCUUUUGGUGGGUGGGUAGGGCUUUGCUUUGCCACUCUCUCUUCUCUGUCUCCGCUUUUCAUUCAGUAACCCUCCACUCUCCAUCUUUCUCAUCUCAAUAUAUAUAGAUACUCUCUAAGUCUGACUCUAUAACUCUAACUAGGUUUUGGUUUUGGUUGAAGAGAAAAAUAGAGAGAGAGAGAGAGUGAGAUGGGAGAGAGGAUCCCAUCUGGAACUGCCACUGCCACUGGGAGCUAUUUCCAGUUCCCUCCUCCGCCAUCUCCGAUUAGGUCUUCCUCUAUUCCUUCAGAUCGCGAAAGAUAUUUGGCUGAACUACUUGCAGAGAGACAGAAGUUGGGACCAUUUGUCCAAGUUCUGCCGCAAUGUACCAGGCUCUUAACUCAAGAAAUCAGACGUAUAUCGGGCUUUAAUCAAGGUUUCAUGGAACAUGAAAGACUUGAGCCAGACAGUCCAUAUAGGUCCUUAGGUCAACAUCCAAAUAGUAGACCAAUGGAUUUGGAAGGAUGGCCUGCUUUACCAAUAGAGGAAAAUGGAAAUCUCCAAAGAAUGGCAUCAUUUCAAGCACCAACAAUGGGUUGGCCUGGGACACAAGGAGUUCCAACUACUCCUGUAGUGAAGAGAGUUAUCCGGCUUGAUGUCCCUGUAGAUAAAUAUCCAAAUUAUAAUUUUGUUGGCCGAAUUCUGGGACCUCGCGGGAACUCUUUGAAAAGAGUGGAAGCAAUGACUGAAUGUAGGGUAUACAUCAGAGGCUGUGGCUCUGUGAAGGAUUCUAUUAAGGUAAAGUUGGAAGAGAAGCUUAAAGAUAAACCCGGAUAUGAGCACCUUAAAGAACCAUUGCAUGUAUUGGUGGAGGCAGAGUUUCCAGAGGAUAUAAUUAAUUCUCGCUUGGAUCAUGCUGUGGCAAUACUAGAAAAUCUUUUGAAGCCUGUGGAUGAAUCCCUUGAUCACUAUAAGAAGCAGCAAUUGAGGGAGUUGGCUAUGCUCAAUGGUACUUUGAGAGAGGAAAGUCCAAGCAUGAGCCCAAGUAUGAGUCCAAUUAUGUCACCUUUUAACAGCACUGGAAUGAAACGAGCCAAGACAGGAAGAUGACCUCUUAUGUUAACGGUGGAUCAUACAUUUUGCCCAAGCUAAGUUAUUAGCAUAUGAUCUCCUAGAAUAUGUGAUGGUCUUUGCACUGAUAUUACUCACCAGAAACUCCUUUGCGGCUGAAUCUCUCUCCUCAGGCAGCUUGCUGGGACUAAAACGACGGAUGGUUUACGCUUAAUUUAAUAGCCGUCUAUUCUUUGGUGUAUUAACCGCUAGAACAUUUGACUGUCUUUUUGCUUAGUUAUAGUAUUAACUAAUCUGCAGGCGCUACUUAGUAGCAUACUCCUAGUAGAUAUAUUUUUUUAUUAUUAUUAUUUUGCAUUUGUCAAAUUAUUAAAUUACAUACAUGCAUCUAUAAAUGCAUCUAUAUAUGCAUGGUAUUGACUCAAACUAAAUAAACAAGUGGAGUGUCUUUUAUUAUAUUGUGACCAACAUUUUUGGCAUCAUUGUUCAAUGAUUGUCGAUU